UAAUAAUAUAGUCGGUUUUUCUUAAUAAUGAUAAAAGCCUCUCAACUAGCUGUAUACUAUACCUGUUUGUCUUGCAAACUCCAAGUCAAAGUCUCCUCUUUACUCCACGUGACAAUGGCAUUCUGGCUCCCUUCUUCUUCCUCUUCCUCCAACCAUUCAUGGCUGCUACCGGAAAUACUCCUCUUCCUCCUUGUUUCCACCGGAGUAACAUCUAGAGAAUUUCUCAAGAAUGCAGAUUUCGAAUCUCCGCCGUCAAACUUUCCCGAGAAUUCAAACAAAACAUCAGUGGCACUGAAGGAAAACAACACAUUUCCAGGAUGGACAUUUCAGGGGGCGGUUGAGUACAUAACAGUGGACCAAAUAAAAAACAUUUCGUUGCCAGACAAAGGACAUGCCAUAUUAUUAGGGGAAGAUGGAAAAAUCAACCAGACCUUCACAGCCGAUGCCGACAUUUUGACUUACUUGCUCACCUUUGCGUUGGCACCAGGCGGUCACAAUUGUUCACUUACUGCUCCAUUACAAAUAUCUGCACCGGAUAGUGAUGCAUUGUUUAGCUUUAGCCAGCAUUAUGGGAAGCAGCCAUGGGAGGUCCAUGGCGUUUAUCUGGGCAGCUGGGGAGAUAGAGAGUCUGUAAACCUUGAAAUUAUGAGCCAAUCAAAUGAUUCAACACCAACCUGUUGGCCUGCAGUUGACUCACUUCAUAUCAAGACAAUGGGUAUAGUGAUGCCAGACGGGGACAACUUAGUAGUCAAUGGAGGAUUUGAAUACGGCCCAGAUUUUCUUGAGAGCUCAGAGGGAGGAGUUCUGCUGGAUUCAGUUCCUACUACUUUCUUUUCACCACUAAUACAGUGGGCAAUCCUGGGAAAAGUCAGAUACAUCAACUCAAAACACUUCUUUGUACCACAAGGCAAUACUGCUGUAGAAUUGGUAUCAGGAGUUUCAUCUGGACUACAAGCAGUACCAAAACUCCAGGCGGGUUCUUCUUAUACCUUGAGUUUCACACUGGGCGAUGCCAAUGAUUCGUGCAAAGCUACAUUUCUUGUUGGUGCUCAAGCUGGAUUGACAUCUCGGAAUUUCACACUGGAGAGUAAUGGAACAGGUUCGGCUGCUAAAUUCUCCAUGACAUUCACUGCAGGUCCUGAUGUUAAUACAAUCACUCUCCUUAGCUACACUACAUCCCAAACAAAAGAUGGAGACUUCUGUGGUCCAGUCAUAGAUGAUGUCAUUUUGAGGGUUUCUCGUGGACUCAGAAUUUCUGUACCCUGGAAGAGUUUGAUUUCUCUGUGUUUGAUUACAAUCGUCUGCUUUUUCUAAGGGCUGUGCCAUUCUUAUUUGGGGAAAAAUUCAGAAUAAAAACCAACAAACAUUGUAUUUUGUCUCAAUCGAAAUAUAAUUUAUUUAUUUCUGGA